CCACAUUUAUCUACAUGUGGAAAACUGUUUCACUUCCAUAUAUAUCGUUCUAGAGCAUAUCAUCCAUUUCAUCAAACCCUUUGAUCAUCUCCAUACUUCCUAAUGGCCGGUGUGAUCCUUCCAAGAUUUUACGGUUGCUACAACUGCCGGAAACCCGUGGCGCGUCACGACGAUAUCGUCAGCAAAUACUUCGUGGCCGGACAUCGAAAAAGAGCGUUUUUGUUUUCUCAUGUGGUGAACGUCGUGGCGGGUCCUAAAGAGGACCGUCGGCUGAUCACCGGUGUGCACAUGGUGGCCGAUGUUCAUUGCUCGGAUUGUGGAAAGGUGUUAGGGUGGAGAUACGAGAAAGUGUACGAGGAAGCACAUAAAUACAAAGAGGACAAAACAGUGCUUGUGAAGUACAAGAUUGUGAAACUGGAUUGGUAGUUAUCAUAUCUUUGUUUUUCUAAUAAGUCUUGAAAAUGAAUGAUAAAUCAUAAAUUGCGUGAUGGUAAUUCAAGUUAA